UAAAAAUUUUAAUACCAAUAGUAAAGGAAAGAAGAGACCUAAUUCUGUAAACUAACAAAAUUUUAAGCAGCAGUAAAUGGAUUUUUAAAUGCUGACGGAAAUGUGAUGUGAAAUAUAAAAAUUUUCGCCUCCUAAAUACGUAGCAGAAGUUUUAGUGUUCCAUGUGCAUCAUACAAUGGAAUAGAUCAGAUCAAACGUGAAAGCAAUAAUCUUUUAAGGACCUUCCAUGUGCGGUAUUAAAACAUUAAACUCGCAGUUGCAAUAAGAUAAGUGUUAUCUAGACUCAAUUUUGAUGUAAACGAACUUUGUUAGUACCAGUUGCAGUGUUUAUGUGAACUUUUUAACGAACGCACUUUUUAUUGUGAUGUGAAAUUAGUGAUAACGAAGACCAAAUCAACAGUGAUAUAGUGUGUAUAUAAAUGUCACUAGCACCAUAGGUGACCUAUAUACUGUGAAAAGUAAAAUAUUAUAAGAAUCAGUAAAUUCUUAGAUGAACCCAGGUGUUGUGUGAGUGUGCCCAGCGAUAGGAAGUGUCAUGUGAAGUGAAAUAGUGUCCCCAUUGUGAAAAGUGUUAAGUGCGUGGUAUGUAUAAAAAGUGCAAAUAAAUUGUGCGACCUAAGUGAAGUUCAAUGAAGAGAACCUUAAGAAGGCUGAAUCGAGAGCAAAUAGGAGACGCAGUUCCAGGACGGAAGUCAUCAACGGUUCUGGAGCUGUUUGCCGUCGUCGUCUAUACAGAAAAAGUGUAUCGGGUUUGCAUUUUCACGUUAUCGGAGAAGGAGUUGUCAGAGUUCGAAGUCAUCGCUCCGAAAGAAUUUACGAUAAGGAAAAUUAUAUUGACUUUCGAAUGAGACUUUUGGGAGACCCAGGUGAGGGACCUUCUAUAUUGUCACCUGGAAUUCACAGUUUUCCUUUUAAAUUAGGAUUACCAUUAGGAUUACCUUCAACAUUUCUUGGGAAAAAUGGUUGGGUUCAGUAUUAUUGUAAAGCCGCUCUCAGAGAACCCGGUGGAUUGACUCACAAAAAUCAACAGGUGUUCAUUGUCAUGAAUCCAAUUGAUCUAAAUCUCGAACCACCAAUUUUAGCCCAACCGGCAAGAUUAGAGGUUGAACAACGCGUAGGUGUAUCUUGUGUCUCAAGUGGACCUGUAUUCUGUAGAGUGAGCUUAGAUAGAGGUGGAUAUGUCCCUGGUGAAACCAUUGGUAUUUCAGCUACUGUCAGCAAUCGCAGCAAGGUGACAAUGAAGUCAACGAAAGCGUCGCUCACUGAAACAAUUCAAUAUUUAUGUAGGGGUAAAGUACUAGCGAGUGAAACACGUGAACUCGCCAGUGUUUCCAGAGGGAAAAUUCGUCCAGGUGAGGGUGAAGAAUGGUUAAAUGAACAAAUGUACGUUCCACCUUUGCCACCCACAAAUUUAAGAGGCUGCCAUCUAAUUAACAUUCUUUAUCACGUUUAUUUCGUUAUAAGUCCAAAGAGUCUGGAUAAGGAAAUAAAACUGCAGAUUCCCAUUGUCCUUGCCACAUAUCCUUUGAGACAGGAGGGAGCUCCAGCGGGAACAGCUCCAUCAAAAAGAGGAGCUCAUUAUCCAUCGACUCUACCAAUUUUUAGACCUUGGCUCGAUGACAAGGCUUUUGAAAUUCAAGAAUAAAAAAAAAAAAUUACUAUACUCGACAUUAUAAAAGCUUCAGCAAAGUCAAUUGUACUCGCGUCUUUUAUAGAUGAUAAGAUUUCAUAAAAUAAUAUUCUCACAGAAAAUUAAAAGGCAUUAAAAUAAGCUGCAACGCUUAUUAUUUUAAUCCAUUUUGGUAUUAAAAUAAACAAAAUUGGAUUAAAAUAAUAAACAUUGCAGCUUAUUUUAAUACCUUAUAAUUUUCUGUGGCUCCUUUAUAAAAGGUUAAUCUUUUUAUUGAACCAAUAUUGAAUUUUUAAUGUUUAUACCUCAUUUAUAUUUGUUUAUAAAAAAAUGAACAAAAAACUGCCAUAUAAUUAGUGGAUAAAUGAGUGUCCCUAGAAUUUAUGUGACAAAUGCUCUUUAAAUUGUAUGCAAGAAAAUGUGAAUUCUAAAUGUCAAUGUGAUUAAUAAUAAUAAUAAAAUAAUUGUACAUUAA